UACAAAUAUGUAGAUAAUUAAAGGCUUGGCUUACAAAUAUUUUCCAUUCUUAGGAUGCUGUUCAGUUUUAACUAAAUAACGCAAUCUGAACGAGGCACAAUAAAUCAUGAAUUAACAUACGCAUAAAGUAAAUAAAUCUAGAUCACAAUUAUAUGUCUAAUACAAAUGUACAAUCGAGUUGCUAAUUAGUAACAGUUGGAAGAAUGCUGGAUCGAUUUGAAUAUUAGAUUUUUGGUAAUUUCGUACUCAUUAGAAACUCAACGCUAUGGGAGUUGACUUCGUAGUUUUUCGACUAGUGCUCGGAAUAUUUGCUGUACUCAUUCCUAAUCAUGUUGAAGCAGCUCAGUUCAAAUGGACAAACAUAUUCUGUGCAGGCCACAAUGAAUCGUGGGUUCACAUGAAUGAGUGCCGUCUGAGGGCAAUUAGCCGGAAUCUAACUACUUUAAAUUUGAACGCGUCAAUAUUCCACCCAGUUAAUGAUAUAACACUGGAUGUCCAACUCUUCAAGAAAGCCAAUGGGUAUAAGCCAUGGAUUUUUAAAAGCGUUGUUGAUAUGUGUCGAUUUCUCAAAACAAAAUACAAUCCAUAUGCAAAAAUUGCCUUUACUCUUGUUAAAGACUUUUCGAAUCUUAACCAUUCCUGUCCUUAUUGGGGACUCGCCAUAGUUAAAGAUUUUUAUGUGAAUCCUGUAAAAGUAGGACUUCCUUUUCCAACUGGAGACUAUCUAUUAGGAAUGAAAUGGCUCUAUGACAAAAAGUUGCAGAUGACCACAAAUUUCUAUUUCUCCUAUACAGAAAAUGUUAUUGAUAUGUAA